AUGGCCGGCGCGGGGACGGGAGCAAUUUUCGCUCGAGAGGGAAUGCACGCGGAGGGGAUUCCGGGGACGGAAUUGCGCGCGCAUGGGAGGAUGGCUGGCGCAGAAGGAUUGGGGGAAUUUCCGCCGGUUGCGGAAGCCCGCGAGGGGGGCGGGGGGGCCGCGGGGAGCGAGUGGUCCGCGGAGAAAUACCGCGACUUCGUGGAGAGUAUCGUGGAGGAGAGCGCGCGAAUGGCGGAGCAGCAGCGCGGGGAGGGCGGAAAUUUGGGGAGCGGGAAUUCGCAGCAACAUCAUCAAAGAACGCAACACAUGCAAGGUCAAAGCAGGCCGCGCAAACAACGGGCGGGAGGUGGAGGGGCAAUUAACGGAAGGAGCGCAACAGGGGGGGCGCAUGUUGCCGCUGCUCCGUCGGGCGCGAACGGCGAAACUGGUAACGGCGAUUCUUCGCAGGCUGCUGCGCUGGCUUCGGUGUUACAGUUUUUCGCGGACUCGUUGGCGCAACACGAGGGGGGCACGGCGGAGAUUCCGCCGUCUCCGUCAAGCAGCGCGCAGGCCAAAGCGCGCUCGCCGCGCGCCACGUCAGAUCCCGCGGGAUGCGCGGCUCCGCAGGACCGUGGAGGCGCAAGCGGCGGCGGAAAUUGCGCCGCGAACGGCGCUGGUGGUGCGGAAUGCGCGAGCGCGUUGAGCGCGGAUGCGACAGGCGGCGCGGCGGAUGCAGCGCGGGCAGCGGAGAAUUCGUUUGGCGGAAGUAAACCCGACGAAAUGCGCGACGGAAGCGCGGAGUUAUUUGACUUCGGAAAUUUUCGUCCCCCCGCGCCCCAACCUCCCCCCUGCGCGCCCCCAUCAGUCCCGCCUCUGCUUUCCCCCUGCGAGAAUCACCUCAACUCCAAACACAUACCUGCCCGAAAUACUGCCCCGAUUUCUGCCCCGGGCACAAGGAAAUUCGUGCUCGUGGGGGCUCCAAACCCCCCAGCCGCCCCUCCUGCUGCUGCUGCCGCUGCUGCUGCUACUUCACCUUUUUCUCCCGGGAACCCUAAUCCGACAACCAAAACAGGGCCCCUCGCUCCCCCUUCCCCGCUCGCUCCCCCUUCCCCGCUCGCUCCCCCUUCCCCGCUCGCUCCCCCUUCCCCGCUCGCUCCCCCUUCCCCGCUCGCUCCCCCUUCCCUUCUCGCUCCCCCUUCCCCGCUCGCUCCCCCUUCCCCGCUCGCUCCCCCUUCCCCGCUCGCUCCCCCUUCCCUUCUCGCUCCCCCUUCCCCGCUCGCUCCCCUUCCCCCACUUGCUUCCCCUCCCCCGCUUGCGGGAAAGCGGGUGAUGCCACGACACGGUGGGGCUACAAAAGGGGGUUGGAAGGAGGACUUUAUAGUGAGUGGUUCGGAGCAUGGUUUGUGGCUGUCGAGCCUGACAGAUUUCCAAACCAAGAAGCUCGAGGAGUGGUUCGGCACGGACCUGAACCCGUCUCCGGAGCAGAGGGCGAGCGUCGGCAAGAAUCUCGGGCUGCUGCCACAGCAGAUCGCCUCCUGGUUGCAUCACCGUCGCCUGCAGCACACAGUGCAGCAGCAGCAGGCAGAGCUCGAGUCCCUCCGAUCGUCCUUCUCCCGCCUACAAGCAUCAGCGAGUGGCAUGAGCGGGGAUUAUGAGCUUCUUCAGGCGGACUAUUUUGCUCUCUUGGACAAGAAGGAAGAGCUAACCAGCAAGGCUGACUAUUUCCCUCUCUUGGACAAGAAGGAGGAACUCACAUGCAAGGUGAGAUACGGGGGGUGGUGUGGGAUGACAAGGAGUGUGGUGCGGUGGAGUGGCAUGAGCGGGUCAAGUGGCAUGAGUGCGGACUAUGAGCUGCUUCAAGCGGAUUACCCCACUCUCCUGGAUAAGAAGGAGGAGCUAACCAGCAAGGUGAGGGGUGAUAAGGGGUGCAGUGCGGUGGAGUGCGGACUAUGA